CAUGUGUGUGGAGCAUGGAAGUAAUUCUGGUUUAAAAGUUAUUGCAGGUCUUCACAAUCGAUUCGAAGAUUCGGAUCCCGCUGUUCAAAAAUCUGAAAUAUUACAAGUAAAGAAUCAAGAAGAAUGGCAUGAACCUAAUCGUCAUUCAAAUGAUAUCUCACUUCUUAAAUUGGCCACUAAGUUAAUAUUUAACGAAAACGUCGCUCCUUCAUGUGCACCAAGAGAAGUUGACUAUGCAGGAGAUACUGUUACUAUUUCGGGAUGGGGAACCACCUAUUCGGGAGGAUAUGUUACAGAAGAAUUGAGAUAUACCUACGUCAUAGUUCAAACCAACGCAAAAUGCAGUGAAUCGUAUCCUGAUCGUAUUGAUGAAACAAUGGUCUGUGCCGCUGCUCCAGGAAGAGAUACAUGUAAAGGAGAUUCCGGUGGUCCAAUGGCCUACAAUAAUAACGGAAGAUUUGAAGUAAUGGGCUUGACAUCGUGGGGAAGAGGUUGCGCUCUCGAAGGUUUUGCUGGUGUAUAUUCAAGAGUCAGUGCUCAACUUAAAUGGAUUGCCGAUAAUGCAAAAUAA